GUUCGAUUUAUGAGUGCGAAUUUGGCUGCAAUCGACGAACUGGUUGAAGAGUUUCUGAAAAUGGAACUCAUCUCGGUGCCGCCGUAUCCGGGCCAGCUGGGCUACCUGGGAUCGACAAAAGUCAACGAUUUCCGUACACCGUUGAUGCCAAUCCCGGCCAAUAGUAACAAAAAUUCUAAUCAAAACCAACGCCAUCAGAGCCAGCCGCAGCAGCAACAGCAGCAGUUGCAGCAGCAGCAGCAGCAGCAGCAACAGGCCGCCAGUCAGCAGCAGCAGCAGCCUCAAAGUCAGCAGCUGCAGCGCAGUCAUCACAAUAGCAGUAGCCAUCAUCAUCAUCACCACCGUAGUAACGCUUCCCACCAGGUGCAGCAUCAGCAACAACAGCAGCAGCAGCAGCAACAGCAACUGCUGCAGCGUCAGCACCAGCAGCAGCAGCAGCACUACUACAGCGAGAACCAGUAUCCGCUGGAGCCGGCGACGAUAGCGCUGACUGCCUCGCCGCACGAGGAUGCCCUGCAGAAGCUGACCCAGCGGCUCGAGAGCGAGCUGCGCAUUGCCAAGCGGCAGCAUCUGGCCUGCACCGAGGUGCUGCUGCCGGCCGAUCUGCUGCCAAGGAUAUCGUCCGAGAUGUUCGAACAGUCGGAGAAGGAACCGUGCGGCAUUCGCGGCUGCACGAUCUACAUCGAGUUUGAGGAUGAGCCAGAUAACACACGGCGGAUUGCGACUGUGAAGACCGAUCCGAACACCGUGUCCACGUUCGAGCUGUACCUUACGCUCAAACAGGACCGACGAGGAUGGACCUCAAUUUUGCCACAAUUUUUGAAAAAUUUGGCCCGUGGCAGUACAAUCAUGAUCAGCCCGGAGUUCCGGCUGACCAAGAACAAGCUCUACCAUGCGUACUCCGACUAAACAUCUCCCCAUC